AUGUGCUGUGAAAGACGUGCUAAAAAGAGACAAGAAAAAAAUCUAAUUUCAAGAAAGAAAUCAAAAACAAAUAUUAGCGCUGAUAUAACAAUUCCAGUUAUUAGUACUUCAAGCUCUCAAAUUAAUAAUGCACCAGAUACUCUUCAAGUUAACAGCAACCUUGAGAAUUAUGAUAAUUUUGAGUCAACGUUAGAAGCUAAUUUUUUUGAAAAUGAAUUUGCAAAUAUAUUACAAACUGAAGAAAUAGAAGAAUAUAUUAUCAGUUCACAAAGCGAUGAAUAUGAUAACGUUAAUACACUUUCAUACUGUAUGGACGAAGUAGAAAGAUUUAUUACUAUACAGUUUCAAAAUGCUGAGUCAUCCGAAGAGCCUGUAAAGUUUGUGUUCGAAAUAGAAUUAGAUUCAGGGCUUUUAGAUGCCGUCGAACUUGGUCAAGAUCUUGAAACCAACCUACUAAACCUGAAGAAAAUCAAAA